AUGGGAACUGAAGACUCAGCCCCAGGAAACGCUGUUGGGGCCGUGCUGUCGGCUGGGGGCUCCGUCACUGGGCUGGCGUGGCUGGAGCUCACAGCUGCCGAGGGCCAUGGAUUCCCGAGGACUGUCGUCCCCUCUAUGGACCCUCGCCCCCUCCAUGGACCCUCAUCCCCUCUGCAGACUGUCGUCCCCUCCAUGGACCCUCGCCUCCUCCGUGGGCCCUCAUCCCCUCUGCAGACUGUCAUCCCCUCCGUGGACCCUUGUCCCCUCCACGACUGUCGUCCCCUCUGGACCCUUGUCUCCUCCGUGGACUGUCGUCCCCUCUACGGACCCUCGCCCCCUCCAUGGACCCUCAUCCCCUCUGCAGACUGUCGUCCCCUCCAUGGACCCUCGCCUCCUCCGUGGGCCCUCGUCCCCUCUGGACCCUCAUCCCCUCUGCGGACUAAGGGAGGCCAGAUUCCUCAUCUGGGGAGGGGCCUGGCUUCAGGGGAGGGGGCACAGCCUGGCCUCCCUGGGUUCCCAGAGGUUGUGGGUGCUUGGGGCUUUUCAGGGUCUGAAAAGCGUCACAAAGUCUGGGGGAGGCUGGGAAGGGUCCCCAAGCCCCCUGCCCCUCUUAGCCCCUCAGGGAGUAGGAGCGCUGAGCUGGGUCUGAGGUCUCCGAAGCCGCUGUGUCCCCUGUAUCUGAGAGACAAAGAGAGCCAGGAGCCCCAGGGGUCUGUUGGGGACGGUCAGGACACCAGGGCCACUGCCCGGUGGCCACCCUGUGUCCGGGCUGGCCUAGGGAGGAGUCAGCAGGGCGUGAAGAGGAGGGAAGGCUGGCCUCUGACCUGGACUUUGAAGGACAGUAGGAUUUGCCAUGAGGGCAGAGAAACCCCACAUGGCGUGAGGCCUGCCUGGAGACCUGCCCGGAGACCGGCCGCCCCUUACCCGCCUGGGCCACAGACUUUUCGGCUCUCCCAUCUCACGGACAAGCAGACGUUAGAGAGGAUUGAGCCGUGGCCACCAUCCAUGGGCAGACUAGCUGACUUUUUAGAGCUUGUUUCUUUUGAACAUCGGAGGAUCCCUGCUUUGCCCGGCGUUCUGGGUGAGAUCAGCCGGGAGCUGGAGUUGGAGGUGCCGACAGACUCUGCUACGUGCUCUCUGAACGCUGCAGCCAUAAGAGCGAAGGUCACACACUUGCCUCAUAGCGACGGAGAUAAUUCAGAGACCGAGGACUGAGCAGGGGAAUCCAACUUUCCGUUGGUCUUUUGGGAGGGCGCACUGUCCAGUGAGAGGUUCGACGCCUCCCACCUCCAGGGAUGUCGGCGUGUGGCGUUUCUUAAAGCCGGAGAACUUACAAACUCAGAGCUGGCCGGUGCCUUGUCCUUCCUCUGGGUUCACCCUUACUGAGCACUUAGCAACUUAGGGAAGGCGGGUCACGGAGGGGACGGGUCGUAAGUCUCUGACUGUCCACCUGUGUGUUCAGAAGCGUUUUGCCCCUUCUCUCUGGAGUGAUCCCGGGGGGUAAUCUAUUUAAUAGAUGUCUGGGCAAGUGUCUCAAUCAUAAUGAGCCUCAUCAUAAUUGCGACACUUCGGGGUGCCCGGGAGGCUCAGCCGGUUAAACGUCCAACUCUUGGUUUCGGCUCAGGUCAUGAUCUCAGGGUUUCGUGGGUUCGAGCCCCACGUCAGGCUCUGCACUGGAGGCAUGGAUAUUGCUUGGGAUUCUCUCUCUCUCUCUCUCUCUCUCUGCUCCUCCCCUGCUCACACUCUCAAAAUAAAUACACUUGAAAAAAUUUAAUAAUCGCGCCACUUAAAGUUGCCUCAUCUUUAAGUAGGGAUAGUAGUGUUUAUGUCACAUGAUUGAGUAAAUAAAUGUGUGGCACGUAGUAAAUGCUCA